GUCCAGUCCAGAUGUAGCAGCAAGGAAAACAUCCUCAGAGCAAGUCAUAGUGCCGUUGAUAUCACCAAGGUAGCAAGAAGACACCGCAUGUCUCCGUUUCCACUAACAUCCAUGGAUAAAGCCUUUAUUACUGUCCUGGAAAUGACUCCAGUUCUUGGGACUGAAAUCAUAAAUUACAGAGAUGGAAUGGGACGCGUGCUUGCCCAAGAGGUGUAUGCAAAAGACAAUUUACCGCCAUUCCCGGCAUCAGUAAAGGAUGGGUAUGCAGUAAGAGCUGCAGAUGGCCCAGGGGAUCGCUUCAUCAUAGGGGAGUCACAGGCUGGAGAACAGCCAACUCAAACAGUGAUGCCAGGUCAAGUAAUGAGAGUAACAACUGGUGCUCCAAUUCCAUGUGGUGCUGAUGCAGUAGUGCAAGUGGAGGAUACUGAACUCAUUAGAGAAUCAGAUGAUGGAACAGAAGAACUGGAAGUUCGUAUAUUGGUGCAAGCUCGUCCAGGGCAAGAUAUAAGACCAAUUGGCCAUGAUAUUAAAAGAGGCGAGUGUGUAUUAGCAAAAGGAACGCACAUGGGACCAUCAGAAAUUGGUCUACUGGCAACUGUUGGUGUCACAGAAGUGGAAGUACAUAAGUUCCCAGUAGUUGCAGUUAUGUCAACUGGAAAUGAGCUUUUAAAUCCCGAAGAUGAUCUUAUGCCAGGGAAAAUACGUGAUAGCAAUCGCUCAACUCUUCUUGCAACAAUUCAGGAACAUGGCUAUCCUACCAUUAAUUUGGGUAUUGUAGGAGAUAACCCAGAUGACCUAUUAAAUGCCUUAAAUGAAGGUAUCAGCCGUGCUGAUGUUAUCAUCACAUCAGGUGGUGUGUCCAUGGGAGAGAAGGACUAUCUUAAGCAAGUGCUGGAUAUAGAUCUUCAUGCACAAAUCCAUUUUGGUCGAGUAUUUAUGAAGCCAGGCCUGCCAACCACCUUUGCAACCUUGGAUAUUGAUGGCGUUAGGAAAAUUAUAUUUGCACUCCCAGGCAACCCUGUGUCAGCAGUAGUUACCUGUAAUCUUUUUGUUGUACCAGCACUAAGAAAGAUGCAGGGAAUCCUGGACCCAAGACCUACAAUCAUCAAAGCCAGGUUAUCAUGUGAUGUAAAGUUGGAUCCUCGCCCUGAGUACCAUCGCUGCAUACUGACAUGGCAUCACCAAGAGCCACUGCCUUGGGCACAAAGUACAGGUAAUCAAAUGAGCAGUCGCCUCAUGAGUAUGCGAAGUGCCAAUGGACUGUUGAUGCUACCUCCAAAGACAGAGCAGUAUGUGGAGCUUCACAAGGGAGAAGUGGUGGACGUCAUGGUCAUUGGAAGGCUAUGA